GGGAAGCCAUAUUCAUUAAUUAAAUCGCUUAGUCCAUGUAGGCCUCAAUUUGCGCUGUUGAGCAGGCAGCGGUUGGUGUAAUACUGGAUGCCCGAUUGGCAGCCCACAAUCUGUGGGGAGAAGUCUGGCGAGACAGUGUGCAGUGACAGCAACGAGGUGGCGGUGUGGUUGUGCCCCCUGUGUCAACAAGGGCUACCAGACAGGGGCUCCCUUUCUCUGCACCUGACAGACAGUCAUAGCGUGCUCCAUAACUGUGUAGACCAGCUGCUGGACAUUGCUGCUCCCAAACAGGGGGCGAGGGGAGGGGACGGGGACACCGAUGUUCAGCAUGACGCAGAUGCCACAUCAAUACAGCUGAAGCUUUUAGAAGGCUCCACCUCCCUCUCAGACCUAUGUCAAAAUAAUGAGAACACUGAAGGACCCCAACAAAAUUCUGACAGUAGGCACACUCUCAUUGGGUCUGAAGACAAAGAUAAAGAGAUGGACAAAGAAGUAGAGGGAACUAGAGACCCGGAGGGAGAUGGAGUUGUCUUUGAGACAGAUCAGGAGAGAAAUCAGUCCACAGGAACACCUGACAACAAUGAAGAGUCAACGGGUACAAAUUGUGUAAUGGCUGAAGGCGAUGACAGCCGACCAUUCAAGUGUAAUGCGUGCUUAGAGGCUUUUCCUACAAGGACUGCAUUAAGUGUUCACUACAACUCUGCAUCCCAUGUGCAAUGGAUGAGAACAGGAUCCCUAAAACAGGGUGGUGAAAAUGACACCCCAGCCACUCCCUCAGUCCCUUUUCUGUCUCGGCCAUAUCUAUCAAACAAGCCCUACCAGUGCGCUGUUUGUCGAGUCUCUUACAACCAUGCCAUCACCCUGGAGAGUCAUUUGAAAUCUGUUUUGCACCAGACCCGCAGCAGAAAUGCAGGAAUCUCUGCCAACAGUGCAGCUGGAAAUUCAGGAAGCAACAACAUGGCUACCAACUUAGUAGUUACAUCUGGGGGCAGCGCUGCACAGUUGGUUAGCACUACCACCAGCGAUUGUGUCACCCCGGCAAGCCUGACAGCAGUAGCAAUGACUACCAAAGACGGAGAACCAAUUGAAACCCAGCCGGCUCCCUCACUGCUUUCCUCCCCUGUGGCCUCUGCUCAGGCAGUCUCAGCUUUUCUCACCCUCCUCACGUCCAGCCCAAGCUCUCUCUCUCACUCCCUCCUCCCCCCUCUGUUUGCGGCUGGUGCGUCACCUGCCACAGCCUCACCUCAGCUCAUAACCCAGCCUCAGAUGCUCGUCCCCUUUAUCCUGAAUGGGCUCCAAAGCCAGAGACUAAAUCCAGAGCUUUUGACACAGUCUGUACCCUUACUAGGUCUCAAUGCUGCUCAGCAAGCUAUCCUGGCCCAAAGACUCGGUAGUUUACAGAACCAGUGGCCAGCUGUCGGUCACCAAGCAACCACACAAGCCUGUUCAGAAGACAACCAAACAAACAAGAGCAAAGUGAAGCAAGACACAAAUGAGACGACAACUGAGGAGAAAGAGUCACUUAAGGCUGAGAAGGGGGAAAAUAGGUCCAUGGAAUGUGGUGAUGGAGAAAGAGAGAUUUGUGAGGAGGAUGGUAAAGGAUAUGCACAAGAGCUCCUCAGCGCAUUGGUAAGCAAAAAUAGCAAGGCUGAGUCAUGUAGGAUAGAUGGAGAUAAUGAAAUGAAAGCGAGCACAGCGGAGAGUGGGAACUCAGCAGAUCACAUGGGGGCAGAUGAGAAAUGGGGGGACAUUGACAAGUGUAGUGACCGCUCACCGUCUGUUACCAGCAACUCAAACCUAAGUCCUACCACUUUAAAUCUUAUGCUUAGCCCUGAUUCUACCCCUCAAAAAUCUGAAGUUGGCACAAGCCCUUAUGCCUCGGUCUGCUCCCCAAAAUCUAGCCCCUCUAAACGCGCCUUCAAUUCCUCUGAUCCAACUCGUUCCCAUGCUCAUUUGAGGGCUUGCCACUUCUCCUCAGGCCCCCCGGUACUGUCAGAGUUUCAGAUACAGGUUCUGCGUGCUUUUCUGGAGUCGCGUAGUGAGGCCGACGCGGCCAGUCCUCCCCGUGAUGACUGCGAGUCGUUGGGCAGGGAGGUGGGGCUCACCGAGGCGGAGGUACGCAGGUGGCUCACAGAGGCCCGACGAGCCAAAAAGAGUCUGAAAGCUGGGGAAACAGGGCACAUGAGCAGCAUUGUAGCCUAUGGUAAAAAAUACAAGGGUCUUGAUAAUGAAGAGGAGGAAGGUUCUCUUACAAUAGAUGAGACCGAGGGUGGGGACAGCGACGAGGCCUCUGGCAGUCACGCAAUGGAUUUGUCCAAUAGUGGAGGGCGGAAAGAGAUUGGGAGGGAGAGCCAAGGGGACUCGUGUCUGACCUCAGACAAUGAAGAAUUCUACACCUCUGUCAUUGUGAGUGAUGAGGACAGCCUGAGUGGCUCCAUGAGGGAGAGGCCAGGCAGCCCUGCUAAAGAGGAGGCUCUGGUAGAACUGGCAGGAGACAAGGGCUCAGGUGGAGGAAAGGUGCUGCGCUCCACCACUGUGUUCCUCUCAGACGCUGAGGAUGACGAUGAUGCCGAGGAGGCCGCAGCUCAGAGAGCGAAGAGGAGGAAGAGGAAGAGGGAGUUGGAGGAGGUCGAGGUUAAGAAGGAGAGACUAGACCCCGACGUGGAUUUACAACUAGAGGCUCAAGCUGAUCCUCCUUCCCACCUUCCUAUCACCAUUGACCAUCAACAGCUUACAAGUGGCAUUCUACACCCCCUCCCUCUGUCUCUGUCCCUUACUCCAUUCUCUACUCAGUUCCAUAGCCCUUAUGUUCUCUCUCUCCCUCCCUCAGUGGUUGGGCUCAGUGUUGCAGAAGGAGAUGGAGGCAAAGUACCUGCCUUUCCAAACCCCCCUAACAUCACCCGGUUCUCUGACCCUCUCAUUACAUCAUCUCUCUCCUCCCACACCUCCCACUACAUGUCUAAUGGUGGAGACUGUGAGGCUGCUUUAGAUCUCAGCAUUGGGAAAAGCAACAGCUCAACAUCUUAUUCCUCCACGUCUAUCACGGGUGACAAGACUUCAGCACAAAAGGGCCGUCUGCUUGACGGACUCGGUCUAAGGCCCACAGCUUUUGGGGUACCUGGGGAAGGGAGACUCAUUGUGGUCAAGGUCAAACCUGAGCAAGCGACUUACAACAGCAGUGGCUUUGUCAGUGGCAAUAACAUGGCAAAGGCCAGCACUGUCUACAUGAGGACAGAGGAGAGGGAAAAAGAGGAGCGGGACCAGAAAGGCAGGCCCAAAGCACGACGGUACCGGGACAUGAGACGUUCCAGGACCAUCAUCCAGGCUGAGCAGCUAAAUGUGCUUUAUGGCUGCUAUUUCAAAGACCCAAAUCCUGGGAAACAUGAGUUUGAGCAGAUAUCAGAGUGGGUCCAUCUCCCGAAAAAAGUUGUACAGAUCUGGUUCCAGAACAUGCGGGCUAGGGAGCGCAAGGGCGAGGUUCGCUUCAUCAGUGAUGGCACUCUGGCAGCAGUUGGCAAACCGCUUAUCAAGUUCACCUGGCCACUGUCACAACCCAUCUUCUCCUGCACCCCCAAAUCAAACCCCAACUCCAACAGCAGUCUCUCUACUGGAGCCAAUCCAGUACGGACCCUCCCAAAGACGGAGGUGAAGAAGGAGGAAAAUGUAAAAAAACAAGUUCCGAACAGGCCCAAGGUAGCCUCCUCUUCUGUGUCUUCAGUGAGCGGCAGUGUGUCUUCAGUGAGCGGCAGUGUGUCUUCAGUGAGCGGCAGUGUGUCUUCAGUGAGCGGCAGUGUGUCUUCAGUGAGCGGCAGUGUGUCUUCAGUGCCAAAGACCAAAAUGGAGAUGACAAACAAUGUCACAAUGGUCAAAAUCGCCCCCAAAAGCAUCGCUCCGGCCCUCGCUGUCAUCCCCAAGGAAACCCGACCUCGCCCCUCUCCCAAACAUGCGCCUGAUGAGGAAGUGGAUGAUCGUAACCAAGAGAAGCCACUAGCCAUGCCUGGCUCCACCAACCGCAUGGUGCCAAAACUGCCCUCUACGCCAAUUAGCAAGUCCCCUGCUGCGACGUCACAAAAACAAAAGGGGCUCAAUUACUGGUCGGCAAAGGGCCCGUUUAAGAUCAACACACUUUCUAGGGAACAGUUGGGUCUGUCAACACCCUGUACCCCCCCAGUUGUUGGUGCAACUGCUGCCCCCACUGCCAUCACCAUUUCUGCUGCCUCUGCUGCCACGACCGCAGCAACUACCACCACCACAACAGCAAGCCCUCAAACCACCAUCAGCAUUGUCACCAUCGCUAAGACCGCUCCAUCGGAGAGCAGCUUCCUGCACCACUCUACCACCCGCAGGCCACGCACACACCUGUCCUGUUUGCAGCUGUCCAUCCUGCAGUCUUGCUAUGAAACAUGCGCCCACCCUAACGCGCUGGAGUGUGAGGCAGUAGGGACGGAGCUGGGGCUGCCGCUCAAGGUGGUGCAGAUCUGGUUCCAGAAUACCCGCGCCAAGGAGAAACGCUGGAGGCUGCAGCAGGAGAAACUGUCUCCUGUGUCGUCAGAUCCCUCCCAGAAGGUUGACAUGAGCUCGGGCAGCUACCUGCAGUACAACGCUCUGCGAGCCCACCGUCCCAUCCUUCCCAAACCGGUUCAGCUGACCGUCCUGGAGCCCUCUUCUCCCCCAGCCGGGGGCCAGCCUGCAGGCCGAGAGACGCUGAGAGGCAAGUGCGAGGCCUGCAACACAGGCUUUGAGUCCAGAGCAGCAGCAAGAUCCCAUGUCUUCUCCCUUCGGCAUCUAGCCACUCUGAGAACCACUAACUUUGGCCAGCCGGCGACCAUCGUCAACAAUAAAUCUGAUACCGGGUCUAUUUCUGUUUCCGCCUCCGGGUCUUGUGUGGAGGACCCUCCAGCUUCCCCACCCCCAACUCCAACCCCACCCCCAGCCAGCAGCACCAGCUAAGGCACCCGACUCCGGACCUAUUGGGCUCCUUACAUUUUUAUAAACACAUUGGGCACUGGUCCUCCAAGCUAAUAUUCUUUAGUUUCUGAUGGAACGGCCCAAUCACCUACCACCCUUGCUCCCCCUCUCAUUGGAAGUCUUUCUGCCGAGUUCUUGUGUCCAAACUGGAUACAGUUGUUGUCACACUGCUUCACCAAAAGUUAUGAAAUGAGUGAACAUUUACCAAUCCCCUUUGAUAUUGUCCUGGGCUGCGGUUAGAAUCUUUGUCGCCACAUCCUUGUCCUAAACCAUCCUGGCCCAAUUUUUUUAAAUCACUCUUACAAAACGUGUGUAUUAUCCCUAAAGACUGUGCUUAUGCAAAAACAAUUAGGCCAUUAUCUGACAGACUUAAAAGAUUCUUAUCCUCGUGACCUGUAACUGGAUAGAUUUGACCAGAAGAAAUGAGAAGUAGCUCUGUUUUAGUGGCGUUGAACUUGCCGUCUUGAUUGGGUCUGUAUCAGUACAAACGUUCUGUCAGGAUACAGGUGGAGUGUGUUCAGAGAUGGUUCAUGCCACGUCACAUGGAAUCGAAAGGUACUUUUAACUGAUGGGACUAGAAUUGGCCUGUUAAACUGAACAGAUGAUCCCCUCCUGUAAACACACUGGCUGCGGCUGAAAUGGAAUCCUAUUCCCUAUAUAGUGCACUACUUUCGACCAGAGCUCCAUGGGCCCUGGUCAAAAGUAGUUCACUAUAUAGGGUGCCAUUUGGGAUGCACCCAUUCACUGUGUUCUCAUGACAAUCCUCUAUAGACAGGGAAAAGAGAGGCUGAAGAGGGCAGACUCUCAUUAUACGGCACUUUGAUGCGUUUUACAUUGUAUGAAACGUUUUUAUUCUUAAGCGUUCUUAUGCAGAGCGUCUUUCUACUUAAUGAAAGAUGUGCGUGUUGCAUGUUGGAUGUCUUAUUGUAAGUCAUGAAUUAAAUUGAAGCAUUGUUUUUGGUACUUGCAGUCUGUCAAAAAAAGAUCUACAGUGAGGGGAAAAAAGUAUUUGAUCCCCUGCUGAUUUUGUAUGUUUGCCCACUGACAAAGAA